CUAGGGACAGGAAAUUUCACCGUUCCCUGAUGGACUCCUGGAACUGAGUUUUCUGGAACUACGUGAGGAAGACCCGCCGGGUAUUCGGAACCUGAAAUCUCCGCGGAGCCGCAGUGGCCGCGCGGGGCGGCCUGGGAAAGUCACCAGUCAGCAGCGCAGUGGCGGGAACCGCAGCCCGGCGGCCCUGGAACCUCCCAGGUGUUACCUUCUUUUGUUUUUGUUCUAUGAAAAGUUCCAAGUGGUUUUUUUGAAGAAUCCCUUUCCCAUAUACAAGUAUCACAUUGCUCAGUCAGUCCUGCUCACCUGUGGAGCAGAACAAAGAGCCCUGGAUGAUGAAGAGAGAGGAGACAGUAGCAAAGGAUCCAGCAAGAAUUCCAGAUUUUGUUCCAGAGAUAGAAACUCAGAGAAGAGUAACAAGAAGAAUGAAUGCUUCUCUGAUAAAUGCUCCUGAGAGUCUGUUAACAUUCAGGGAUGUGGCUGUGGAUCUCUCGAAGGAGGAAUGGGAAUGUCUAGAUUGUGCUCAGAGGGCUUUGUACAUGGAUGUAAUGUUGGAGAAUUACAACAAUCUAGUGUUUGUAGGUCAAAAUCAAAGAGUCCACACAGGAGAGAAAGAACACAAAAACACAGAGUUUGAUAAAUCUUUUGAGUCUCAACAUAAACUCACACUGAAACGAACCAAUAGUGGAAAGAAACCAUACCAAAGCCGGAAAUGUGGAAACUGCUUCAAGACAGACUCAAGCCUUAGUAGACAUCAGAGAGCUCAUACUAGACAGAAACCCUAUAAAUGUACAAAAUGUAGUAAAUCCUUUACACGUUUAUCACAACUCGAAGUACAUUGCAAAUUCCAUUGUGGUGAAAAAUCCUACAAACGUACAGACUAUCCUAAGUGUUUUUACCAGAAAUCAGAAUUUAAAAGACAUUUGCAUCAGAAAAUUUGUACUGGAAAGAAACCUUAUGGAUCUGGUGAAUAUGAUAAAUCCUUUACCCAGAAAAUGAAUCUUAGAACUCAUCAGAGAAAUCAUACUGGACGGAAGCCUUAUAAAUGCAAUGAAUGUGACAAAUCUUUUAUCAGGAUAUUCAGUCUUAGAAUUCAUCAGAGAAGUCAUACAGGAGAAAACCCUUACAAAUGUAGUGAAUGUGACAAAUCCUUUACUCGGAAAGACAAUCUUAGAACUCAUCAAAGAGUGCAUACAGGAGAAACACCUUACAAAUGCAGUGAAUGUGAUAAAUCCUUUACCCAAAGAGGCAAUUUUAGUACUCAUCAGAGACUGCAUACAAGAGAGAAACUUUACAAAUGUAUUGAAUGUGACAAAUUUUUUACUGCCGCCUCGCAUCUUAGAACUCAUCAGAGAAUUCAUACAGGAGAGAAACCUUACAAAUGCAGUGAAUGUGAUAAAUCCUUUACCCAAAGAGGCAGUCUUAAUACUCAUCAGCGAAUGCAUACAGGAGAGAAACCUUACAAAUGUAUUGAAUGUGAUAAAUCCUUCACCCAUAGAGGCAGUCUAUGUACUCAUCAGAGAUUGCAUACAAGAGAGAAACUUUACAAAUGUAUUGAAUGUGACAAAUUUUUUACCACUGCCUCAUCUCUUAGAACUCAUCAGAGAAUUCAUACAGGAGAGAAACCUUACAAAUGCAGUGAAUGUGAUAAAUCCUUUACCCAAAGAGGCAGUCUUAGUAAUCAUCAGAGAAUGCAUACAGGAGAGAAACCUUACAAAUGUAUUGAAUGUGAUAAAUCCUUUAACCAUAGAGGCAGUCUAUGUACUCAUCAGAGACUGCAUACAGGAGAGAAACCUUACAAAUGUAUUGAAUGUGACAAAUCCUUUACUACUGCCUCAUCUCUUAGAACUCAUCAGAGGAUUCAUACUGGAGAGAAACCUUACAAAUGCAGUGAUUGUGAUAAAUCCUUUACCCAAAGAGGCAGUCUUAGUAAUCAUCAGAGAAUUCAUACAGGAGAGAAACCUUACAAAUGUAUUGAAUGUGGUAAAUCUUUUACCCAUAGAGUCAGUCUUAGCACUCAUCAGAGACUGCAUACAGGAGAGAAACCUUACAAAUGUAUUGAAUGUGAUAAAUCCUUUACCCAAAGAGGCAGUCUUAGUACUCAUCAGAGAAUGCAUACAGGAGAGAAACCUUACAAAUGUAUUGAAUAUGAUAAAUCUUUUACCCAUAGAGGCAGUCUUAGUACUCAGAGACUGAAUACAAGAGAGAAUUUAUAAAUUUAUUGAAUGUGGUAAAUCCUUUACCCAAAGAGGUAGUCUUAGUACUCAUCAGAGAAUGCAUACAGGAGAGAAACCUUACAAAUGUAUUGAAUGUGACAAAUCCUUUACCAAUGCCUCGAAUCUUAGAACUCAUCAGAGAAUUAAUAUAGGAGAGAAACCUUACAAAUGCAGUGAAUGUGAUAAAUCCUUUACCCAAAGAGGCAGUCUUAGUACUCAUCAGAGAGUGCAUACAGGAGAGAACCUUAAAAAUGCAGUAAUUCUGAAAUCUUUUAUUCAUAGAGGCAUUCAUAGUACUCAUCAAAGAAUGCAUAUAGGAGAGAAACCUUUAAAAUGCAGUGAAUGUGACAAAUCCUUUAUCAAUAAAGGCUAUCUUAGAAAUCAUCAGAGAAUUCAUGCAAGUGAGAAACCUUACAAAUGCAGUGAAUGUGACAAAUCCUUAUCCAAAAGGGUCAUCUUAGAGUUCAUUAGAGAAUUCAUACAGGAAAGAAUCCUUAUAAAUCUAAUGAAUGUUACAAAUCCUUCAGCAAGAAAGGCUAUCUUAGACCUCAGCAGAGAAUCUAUACAGGAGAGAAACCUUACCAAUGUAGUGAAUUUGACAGACCCCAGUUGCUCAGACAUAGAAAACAUCAGAGAAUCCAUAAAAGAGAGAAACCCUACAUAUAUAUUGGAUGUGAAAAAUCUUUUACAUAUGUCCCCAUCUCUUAGAAGAAAUUAGAGUGUUUAUACACAAAGAAACCUUACAAUAUAUUAUAUGCAAGAAAUCUUUGCCACAUAAUCAUCCUGAGAACAUAUCUAAGUAUUUAUACAAGAGAGAAAGUUUACUAUGUACUAUAUAUGAAGAAAAGCCUUUACUGUCUCUCAAGUCUAAUUAUGAACAUAAGAAAGUUAUGAAAGCUUUUCAGUAACGUUCAAAUCUUAGAAUACAUCCAGAAUUUAUACUGAGGAAAAUUCUGAAGAUGUUUUGUUUAAAUGUAGGGAAAUUUUCAUUACAACUUUUUGUAGUUAUGCAAACUUACAUGCUUCAUAAUGAAGAUAAAACACAGAAACCUGGAGAAUAUGCUGUUAUGUAGCAGUUUCUUUGAGACUGAAGGCAUGUGUCUUUAUAGGAACUAAGUCAAAAAUAUACACCUCAAAAAAAAUCUUCAAGAAAUCCCUGAAACUGACAGGAUUCAGUAUGCUUAAAUCAAAUGAAGAAACUCAGAUCCUAGUCUUUGAAUAGGAUUUGUCAAAAUGAUCCACCAAGAUAGGAUGUUUUUUAAGUAGUACAUAUGCUUACAGAUGUGCAGUGUGCUCCUGUUAUUCUGUAUGUAUAUGCUGUAUCACAUGCUGGGUUAGAACUUCAUGAUAACAACUAUUUUUGAUUUCCUGUGCUCAGUAAGCAACUACUUCCCGAUAUUCGUUGUAUUAACCCUAAUAAAGCUCAUUGAUUCAA